CGUUUCUACUUGUUGCUGUUGACGCUAUAACGUGUUUCGUAUUUUCACGUAAUAUGCAAUAUUUUUAAGCUUUGAGAAACCAUUAAACUAAUAAUUAUAGUGUAAACCAAUAGCUUUGACAUAAUGCUAUCCAUACAACAUUACGGUAGCAGCUCAGAAGACGACGACGACCAUGAGACCGAAGGCACCAAAGUGGAGACCAAUGAAAAGCUAUUAACGCAUUUGAAACCAAUAGAUCCUAGUUUAUCAGUUGCUAAGAGUAUGCAAAUAGUUGCUGCACCUGUUGUAAUGCCUACCAAUAAUGACGAUACUCGUGUGUUGAUACCUACUGGCGGCGAGUUGAUGCACAAUCCAAAAUAUGAAGAAUUAUUUGCCCCCACAUAUGGUCCCGAGAACCCAUUCCAGACGCAGCAAAUGAAAGCACACAAGAAUACUCUUGCAGGCUAUGUAGAAAAGGCUCACAUAAGCGAGUUCCAGUUUGAGAACCAGCGGAGGACCUUUGCCAGUUACGGCUACGCCAUGGACCCCUCAACUGAUGGUGACGCAGAGGCUGCUAACGCUGUUGUUGUGUCUGCAAUGGUGGCGCCCCCUGUGGAGGCGGAAGGCAAAACGGUGUUUGAGACGAUAAAGAAGAGACCUCUAGAUAAAAAGAAAAGAACCAAAAAUGACAAUCCUGAGGACAUUACUGGCUUUUUGGGGCCUUGGGGAGGCUAUGUAGGAGAGCAAAGAGUUAUGAAACCAGAAGGCGAUGAAGCAAAGGAGCUGGAGGAAAUAUUAGCAAAGAGGCAGAAGAGAGGCAAAGUGGAAGACGACAAGCCUCUCGAGGAGAAGAGUGUGUUCCACAUCGACAAGGCGACGGAUUACCAGGGCCGCUCGUGGUUGGUGGCUCCACGCUCUGAGACACAACUUAGAAGCGACGCGCCUCCUGAUAAGUGCUUCUUGCCAAAGGCGCACAUCCACACGUGGAAGGGGCACACUAAGGGCGUGGCGGCGGCGCGCUGGCUCCCCGGCACGGCGCACCUCAUGCUGUCCGCCGGGAUGGACUGCCGGGUCAAGAUCUGGGAAGUAUACGGCGAGCGGCGCUGCAUAAGGACGUACUUCGGGCACCGGCAGGCCGUUCGUGAUAUCAACUUCAACAACUCCGGCGAUCAAUUCAUUUCUGCUGCCUACGAUCGCUAUAUAAAGCUAUGGGACACGGAGACCGGCGCGUGCACGGGCCGCUUCACGUCCCGCAAAGUGCCGUACUGCGCCAAGUUCCACCCCGACGAAGACAAACAGCACUUAUUCGUGGCCGGCACUUCGGACAAGAAGAUCAUAUGCUGGGACACUCGAACGGGUGAAAUAGCCCAAGAAUACGACCGGCACCUCGGCGCCGUGAACACCAUCACGUUCGUGGACGACAACCGCCGCUUCGUCACCACCUCCGACGACAAGAGCCUGAGGGUGUGGGAGUGGGACAUCCCUGUGGACAUGAAGUACAUCGCGGACCCGGCCAUGCACUCGCUGCCCGCCGUGGCGCGCGCGCCCAACGGCAAGUGGCUCGCGUGCCAGUCCAUGGACAACAAGGUGGUCGUGUUCAGCGCGCUCAACAGGUUCAAGAUGAACCGGAAGAAAACCUUCACGGGACAUAUGGUGGCUGGAUACGCUUGCUCGGUGGAUUUCUCGCCGGAUAUGAGUUACCUAGUGUCCGGUGACGCGGACGGCAAGUGCUACAUCUGGGACUGGAAGAGCACGAAACUCUACAAGAAGUGGAAGGCUCACGAUGGCGUCUGCAUAACUGCGCUAUGGCACCCGCAUGAACCAAGUCGGCUGCUCACAGCGGGCUGGGAUGGUGUCAUCAAGUACUGGGACUAAGAACUUUAAAGUUGCAGUGUUGAAAUAAAUCGUUUUUGAGAGAUUCUUGAG